AGACGCCAUAAAGCUCGUACUGCAUGGUCUGCACCUGAAUGCUCCAACUCGUCUUCUCGUCGGUUGCUGUUGCUUCAAAGGUUUUCUUAGUACGUACUGAUUAUUUUUCUUACUGGCAGUUUGUUUCUUAUCUUCUUUAAGAGAGUGUUUCGUAGUGGUUUAGAUCAUGAAGUUGAUGCGAUUUGAGGCGAUUCUCUAAUUCAAUCAUUUCGCAUCACCAGCUUUCUAGCAUAGAAGGAAGAAGCCAUGUGCAGUACGGCCCCAAGGUAUCCCAUUUGUGCCAAGUAUCCCACCUUGUAUCCUCCCGAGUGUCCCAAGUGCCCUGCAUUAUCUUCUUCUUCUGGAUGUGCCGAGUAUGACAGGCUUGUCCAAGAUGUAAACAACUCUACGGAAUCUGGGAUCCCAGGGUACAGUUUUGGUGCUGAAAUGAGGAAAAUCUGGGAAGAAUGGGACCUCCGGAUUCUAAUUUUGUACAUCCUCUAUACGCAGUUGUACCUCCUCAUGUUUGGACGCUCCAGAAGGAGAUCGAACAAGAAGAUCUUGAUCAACCUGAAUGUUUGGUUGUUGUAUAUUUUUGCUGACUUGUUGGCAGCUAUUGCUCUUGGGAAACUUUCCCAAGUCAAAGAUGAAGGCAAGUUUAAUAAAGAUGCACUACUGCCCGAAUUCAAGGAAGCAAAAAUCUGCCAACCUAAUAACCCAGAAAGUUUGCUAAGGGGUUUAUGGGCGCCCAUAAUCCUGUUUUAUCUCGGAGGUCCAGACACCAUAACUGUCUUGUGCAUGGAAGAAACACAGUUGUGGAUGAGACACCUAAUAUCACUAAUAACACAAGGUGCCAGAACAUGUUAUGUUUUGAUUGUAACCUGGACUCCUUCAGGGCUCUCUGUCCUAGCCCUGUUGAUGUUGAUUUCUGGAACUCUCAAGUAUGCAGAGCGAGUAUGGGUUGUCAAGUCAAGAACCCGGGCAAUCUCUGAAGGUUUAGUCAGCCCGUAUGAUCGCACAACUAUCCAGCUGGAUAUAAUUGACAACAACACUGCUCCACCCAACAGGAAGCUUGAGCUCAAAGAUCAAACAAAGCUUGUGGUUGAAGGAUAUAUCUGUUUCCAGACCUUGAGGCCUCAUAUUCCUGGGUAUCGUGUGCCCAGGGGGCCACUAGACAAAUUCAUCAAAGAGGAUAGAACUCCUUGGCACAUUUUCAAACAGAUUGAGAUUGAGUUGGGGUUCAUGUAUGAUGUGCUCUUCAGCAAGGUAGGCACUAUUUUUACAGCAUGGGGUUUCAUUCUCCGGUUUAUUACCUUGUCUUGUGUAGUUUGUGUGUUGGUGGGAUUCUUCAUGGUUGACAAGCCUAGUACUAAAGAUUUGAAAGAUGAUGUCCAAAUUACCAUCAUUCUGCUACUUGGAGCCAUUUUCUUGGAGAUAGUUGGACUUCUUCUUCAACUUGUUUCAGACUGGGCGGUGGUUUGGGCAUGGAAGCACCCGAGCAAGUUGUCAAGUCCAGUACUUUUUCUUCACGAACAUCUAAUCUCUAAGAGGCAAAGAUGGUCUGACAAAGUGAGACAAUUUAGUUUGCUGAACUUUUGCAUCAAAUAUGAGGAGACGGUGCUCAAUAGAAUGGUGCAGGAUGUGUGCGGCUGGGGGAAACUUCUAAGCUUCAAUUUCAGCUUGUCUUCGAGAACAGUAAACCCAACUUUGAAAGCAUUAAUCAUCAAUCAGCUUAAAGAUAGAUCACAGACCAAUUCAGGACAAACUCUCCAGACCUCACGCACGAAACUAGGUGAAUGGACCCUUAAUAAAUAUAGUUGUAAGCAAGUGUUUCAAUGGACCAUGAACCUAGAAUUCGGCGAAACCAUUGUUUUGUGGCACAUUGCGACAGACAUCUGCUAUCACUCUGAAGAACCCUCAGAUGAAUCGGAAGCAGCCAAAAUAUUUUCAUAUUACAUGAUGCAUCUUCUUCUCAUAUGUCCUCACAGAUUACCCUUCUGCAACACUGGUGGGGACUUCUGGCAGACCUGUACAAAUAUAAAGGAUAUUUUUGAAAGAAAAGAUGUUAGAAAACCAUCAUCACGUGCUGAGGCGUGUAAGCUGCUAAAAGAGAUACCUAGGAAGGACUGCAAAGGGAUCACAGUGAAACGUGCAAAAGAUCUUGCCAGUGAUUUGAUGGCAACGGAGGAAAGAUGGGGAAUUAUUAGCAAUCUGUGGGUGGAGAUGCUCUGCUAUGCGGCAAUGCAGUGUGAAGUAAAACGCCACGCUCAAGAGCUUAGACAUGGCGGAGAGUUUCUGACCCAUGUCUGGCUGCUACUCAUGCACUUUGGCAUAUAUGGAGAUCAGGAGAUAAUUAUACCUCCAGAUCUACGGGGCACGGCGCAGGAUGGGACAAGAAAUUUCAAUGACGCCUUUCAAUCAACGGUGGGUUGCUUUGAUGCUUGUACUGGUGUGUAA